AUGCGUAGUUUGUGGGUUGGAGUUUGGGCGUUGUUGGCCCUUGUCGUGCCGUAUCUAGUCGUCGCUGCGCCGACUGUCACACGACAAUCCUCCACGCAGCUGGAUGCUCAGGGAAUCUUUUUUGUUUCUUACGAUGGGCUCGUGAAUGUCGAAUCCUUCCAACAAUCUGGUGUUGUCACAUAUAAUGGAUAUCAGUAUGCUGGCUGGUACACGUCAACCCGUUACGCAAUCCUGGCGAGGCGGCAACUUCCUUCGGGAUCCUGGUCCACUCUUCAGCUUCCUCACCAACUCUCUGUCAAUGACUCGCACAAUGUGAUCGCAAUAGGCAUUUCUCCAAGCGAUGGGAGGAUACAUAUUGCCAUGGACACUCAUUCUACCGUUUUAUACUACGUGAAGUCGGUUGCCAAUCUCGCAGGCAGUCCUGGGAGCUUUGCUUGGACCGUAUCUCAAUUCGGAGCAGUCCAGACUACACUGGACGGAGCGAGCGUUACCAACCAAUUUACUUAUCCUCAGUUCCUUAUCACCCCGGAUAAUCGCCUUCAGCUUUUCUACCGCUCGGCAGUAUCUGGGAACGGCGUUGCCCAAGUAGCCGAAUACAACGGCGCCUCGUGGACUAAUUUGGGUGGAUUUACCUCAGCAACGGGAUCCUAUACUUACAACGGUGCAACCUCUACCGCGCGCAACCUAUACAUUAACGGAGUCACGUACUCAUCCACGGGGCGCCUUCAUACAUCAGGCACAUGGCGCGAAAAUAACGGCGGUGUGCUGUGCGCUAGCGGGGGCUUAACAAAUCACGAUACCAUUUGGUUGUACAGUGACGAUCGUGGUCGUACAUGGUACAAUAACGGUGGAACCAAGGUUGCUACAACGGGAUCAAGUACAGUCUCUGUGACUACUUCAGGCAUUAUCGUCGACUCAUUGGAUCCAAACCAUGGAUUAAUGAACCAAGAAUCACAAACCGUCGACUCGGCAAAUCAACCACACGUAAUUAUCUCAUACGUACCUGGGAGAUUCACUCAGUGUGUCAAUUCUUAUGCGGCGGACCGUACCUCAUACGCGCGACCUUUCCAUCUUUACCGUUCUUCGAGCGGCACUUGGACCAAAGUCGAGAUUCCAUUUGCUCUUGGUAGCUCUGGACGCUCUCAAAUUGUGUGGAUGCUUCAGACAAUCAAAUCUUCUGGUUGGACUGACUGGACUCUUGCUUAUGAUGGUGUAGCGGCUGGGCUGAACGCAUUCGGGGAAGUCACGAUUGAUCGUCCGCGUGUCAAAUCCGAGGGAGUUCUUUCGGUCUUGUACCAAGUCAAGUCCAGUGGAACAACUCCUAGCGCCGUGGUGGUCGCGGACUUCAAGCUCAACGGUUAG